CCUCAAGACAUUGACCGACCAUCAAAAGAUGGAGCUGGCUCAGAAGGUCAAGGACGAUGCGCUUGCUAAUCAGCCCCUCAUCGGAUCACUUGAGCCCAUUGACGUCCUCGAGAAGGAGUACGCGGGGGGACAGGGGGUCGACGGCUUCGUUGCCAAAGCAAAGUGGCUGAGGGAUGUCGGCGGCUUCUCAGGCCUCCGACGUACUCGUGGUGAUGGAGACUGCUUCUAUCGAUCCUUCGCCUUUGCCUUUAUUCAGCGAUUGCUCCACUUCAACGACCGUCCCAUGCACCACUUCAUCAUGAAGCACAUUGAGGACACCAAGAGCCUCCUCAAGCAGGCCGGCUUCGAUGAGACCGUAUACCUCGACUUCUACGGCCCCUUCCAUGACCUCCUCGUGCGCAUGCACACCACAGAUCCGCACGUAUCAGAGCUCAACGACGCCGACCUUCAGCGGGCAUUCAAUGACCCAGAGACCUCCAACUCUAUUGUCGUCUAUUUGCGUCUCCUCACCUCCGCCUUCCUCAAGCUCAAUGAGGAUGACUUCCUCCCCUUCCUCUUCACCCUCGAGGACGACUCGGCUGCCGUAUUCGAGGGCAAGCCGCCCAACAUGGCCACCUUCUGCGCGAAUCACGUUGAAGCGAUUGGAAAGGAGGCGGACCACGUUCAGAUUGCAGCCCUCAGCCGCUGCCUCAAAGUGUCGUUGGACGUGGCUUACCUCUCACAGAAUGGCGCUCCACCAGAGACGCCCCUGGCAGAAGAGUUUGAGGAGUUGCACAGCGCCGAGGGAGCGGCAGCAUCAAAUAGCGGCUCAGCCUCUAUCUCAGCCUCGGGUGGCCUCGAGGUGCCAGGCAGCGAAGCGGCCCAGAUGAGGAGAGCGAGGGACGACCCGUCCAAGUGCGAUAUUGUCCACUUUGAGAUUCCGGGGGCCGUCGCUCACAUUGAUAUUGGGACGCUACUGUUCAGGCCGGGACACUACGAUGUGCUGGUCAGUGCUCCUCCGCCAGCGAGCCCGGAGGUGGUCAUUCCCAGGGCGGGGCAGCAGGGGAAGCAAUGAGGCGCGGGUGGCGAGGCGCGUGGGACGAGGGGUCGACGCGUCGAAGGUUUGAGGUAUGGAAAGCAGUCAUAGGCGUGCGGCUACCCAAGGAGCAGGUGCUCGCGCGUCCAGGGAGGGGUGAGGGCCAGCAAUGGCGGGAGCAGAGGGGCAGCUCUGAGAGCACGGCAGUCACGUUGUCAAGCGGC